AUGAACAAUUACGAUGCAAUCAACGAUGAGAUAAAGAACUUCCUGUGUCUUGCUGAUAGGCAACCAGGUAUAAAGAGCACUUUGGAUAGAGAAAACACAGAUGAAAGCAGUCUUCCGUUGCUAAUUCGUCUUUUGACAAAUCUCCAGAGUUUGUAUGCUGAUAUCAACUCAAAUCUUACUGCUGGCGACAGUGAUGGACUGAAAAGUGUUCUUCUGAGCAGUGAGGUUAAGAUGUCGCUUGUGAGUGAGUCUUUGAUGAGGGUUCUGAAGGAUGUAUCUCAAGAAAAGUGUGAGCUGAUGCAGAAUGAAGAAGGGUACAAGGAAAAGAUAAGGAGGCUAUCUGAGGAGAAGACUAACCUUGAAAUCAGAAUAAAUAAGUUUGAGAGCGAUCUUGAGUUUGCAAACCGUGGAAAUCAGGAGCUGAGUAGAAUUAUUAAGGAUCAGAAGAGUAAGAUACAAGGUUUUAAAGAAAAGGCAGAUCUUGAGAAGAGGAAUUGCGAUAGCUUCAAAAUGAUUAACAGUGAGCUUGAGGUGCUGAGAAAGAAGGCACUUGAAAAGUGCGAUGUAUAUGAAAAAGAAAUAGGUGUUCUUAAGGAGCACAUUAAGGACAGAUCUGAGGAAAUACUUAAGAUGAAGGAAGUCAUCAAACAGGGAGAAAUGGAAAAGGAUUCAUUGAGUCGAAGAAUUAUUGGGAUUGAGAAGGUUAAUGAACAGCUUAGAAAGAAAAUUGAUAUAAAGGACGAUGCGCUUGAGUUGUGCAAUUCUGAGCUUUCUAAGUUGAUUUCAAAGGAAAAAAGAAUAGAGAAUGAGCUGGAAACAAUGAAAGAGAAGACUUCGUAUUAUGAAAAGCUUUACAAGGCAACCAACAGCCAGAAUGAGUAUCUUAACAGCCAACUAGCAAAGAUGAUAAGGGAUAGUGGAAAUAGAAUUUUGAUUCCUGAAUAUGAUCCUGAAGCACGUCAUGAAGUGACUGCUGUCGAGGAUGAAAAAACAAGCAGAGCAUCUGACAAGAGUUAUUUGAAAAGACUAAAUAAGUACAGGCGCAGAAGCAAUCAACAAAAGGAGAUUAAUGAGAAACAGAGGAUUGAGGUGCAUGACCUGAGCAUGAUGGCAGAUAAGUUGAAAGGAGAGGUCGCAAGGCUACAAGAUGAAAGAGGCAAAACAAUUGAAGCAAGCAACAGAAUCACGAAUGAGCUGAUGAGCAAAGUGGAGAAAUUACUAGAGCAGAGCAGAGAGUAUCAAGGGAUUAUAUACGAAUUGAGAGCUGGUAAGCACACUAAAGAAAACAAGAACCAUGGAGACGGAAAUGAAAGUUUUAAGACAGUGAAUGAUGGGGAAGAUGAGUUUACGCUGAGCAAAAAUUCUGAGAGGCAAGUACAAUAUGGAAAUGAUGAAGAGCUUAAAUUUGAAAGUUUGAUGCCUGUUACUCUUGAGAAUGAAUAUGAAAGUGUGGAAGUAGAUGCGGAGAAUGGAUAUGACAUAAUAGGGAAGCGAAAGACAAUAGAGCACGGAAUAGGUGGUAUAAGUUCUCGAUUGAAUGUGCCUAUUGGAAAAGGAAGCGAGAUCGGAGCAACAAAAUCAGGAAUCAAUAUCAACCUUCCUGAAAGCUUCUACAGUAGCUUAACACAUGAUGUGAAUAUAGAUGUGAAUGGUAAGGAUAGAAUGGGCUUUAGCAGGAAAGAAUCAGGAAAGAAUCAAAGAUAUAUGAAUGAAGAGGAUAAGAUUAAGCAAGGGAUACUGACUGAUCCGUUUGAGAGCGUGAACAAUGUAAAGUAUUUGAAGGAGGAUGAGAAGAUUGAGUCUGACAGCAGUGUGGCGUCUCCAAAGACUGUUCGCACAACAUCUACGCUUCACUCGAUGCUGAAGAAAACCGAUGCAUUGCAGGAAAGGUUUGACAGAUUAGAGGGAAAACUUAAGGAAAUAAGGAGUAGCGACAAGGUUGAUGAAGAAAAGAUGCAUGAUCAGAUACAGGCAUAUAAGAAUUAUUAUUAUUCUGACUUUUUAGACAUAUCUAACCAGUCUGAUGUCAUUUAA